AUGAAGAGUCAACAGUGGGAUAACAAUGGGGGGAAUGUCCAAUUCCAAGGGACCGCGACAAAUCCCACCUUCCAUAUGUACGUCGAACACAGACAAAGCAGGGAUCGCUGCCUCGAAUAUUUCGCAGUGACAGAUCCGCGCGAUACCAAGACAAACAUCCACCAGACAAGGGGGGCGACACUCAAAGAUUCCUAUGAAUGGAUUUUCCGCCAUCCUCAGUUCCAGUGUUGGCGCGACAGUAACGACAGUCAGGUCCUUUGGGUUAAGGGAGACCCUGGCAAAGGCAAGACCAUGCUACUCUGUGGUAUUAUCGACGAGCUUCGAUCUACUACGAUGCUAGAAGAUCCCAAAGCUAAGACUUCCCUAUCGUUCUUUUUCUGCCAAGCCACCGACCCCAAGCUGAGUAACGCUCAUGCUGUCCUGCGCGGGUUGAUCUAUAUGCUCGUGGACAUGUACCCGCCAUUGCUCUCCUGUGCACGGAAAAGGUUCAAGGACACUGGAGAGCCGCUAUUUGGGGAUGCAGAGGCAUGGGCUGUACUGUGCAACAUCUUCUCAGAUAUCUUACAUGAUUCCAGUUUGGAUAUGAUCUACAUCGUGGUCGAUGCUCUCGACGAAUGCGUGCAGGACCGAGAUAAACUCUUACAGCUGAUUCUACUAGAGACAAGGGAAUUACCGCACGUCAAAUGGAUCAUAUCCAGCCGGAACCAUGUUAUGAAGCAUAUUCGACUGGACGACUCGCAAUCUAUAUUGAGCCUGGAAUUACAGGAAAACGCCGAAGCUGUGUCUCUGGCUAUCGGAGCUUACAUUUCGAACCGGAUAGCGGAAUUUGAGUCCCUGGAGGAUGAUGAUACUUUGCGGGAAUAUGUACAGCAGACCCUCCAGAUGAAAGCCGAAGGAACGUUUCUCUGGGUGGCGCUCGUCGUUCAGGAGCUCCAGGGCGUUGAUAGCUGGGAUGUGAAGCAGGUGGUGGAUAACGUACCGACAGGUUUGGAUGAUAUGUAUGCGCGAAUGAUACACCAGAUCGAACAAGAAGCACCUCGAACCCGAGAGUUCUGUCAACUAGUCCUCUCAACUGCUACCCUGGCCUAUCGGCCGCUCCAGCUACUAGAGCUGGGGGUGGUGUCGGGACUCCCAGGCGAGAUCGCCGGAAAGGUAAAAAGUCUGGUGACGAUAAUCAAGAGGAGCGGAUCGUUUCUUACAGUCCGCGACGAAAGCAUCUACUUUGUGCAUCAGUCUGCCAAGGACUAUCUGAUGGGAAAGGGCGGGCAGAGCAUCUUCUCGAGUGGCCCUACGGUUGCUCAUCGCCGAAUAUUCACGCAGUCCCUCCAAAUCAUGAGGAAGACGUUACGGCGGGAUAUGUACAGUCUGCACGCCCUCGUCACACGGUACUCAUGUGUCUACUGGGUCGACCAUCUACGAGACAGCGGAUCAUACGAAGAUGUCCAGGAUAGUGGCACCGUCGACACGUUUCUUCGAACGCAGUGUCUCUACUGGUUUGAGGCACUAAGUCUCCUGCGAAGCAUCUCAGAUGGAAUCAUGUCGAUACAGGGACUGAGGGAUCUCCUGUCGGAACGAUCGGCAGCAGCCAAACUGAGCAGCCUCGCUCAAGAUGCAUAUCGGUUCAUUCUAUACCACCGAGGCGCGAUCGAGAACCACCCCCUUCAGGUGUACGGAUGUGGGCUUGUGUUCAGUCCAUCGCGGAGUAUGAUCAAGGAAUUGUUCUGGCACGAGCGGCCUAAAGAUAUCAUGAUGAUGCCGUGGCUGGGAAAUGACUGGGAUGCGCAUACCGGGGCCUGUCUGCAGACGCUGGAGGGCCAUGACUUCUAUGUUAAUUCAGUGGCGUUCUCGCACGACAGCAGCCGCGUCGCGUCCGGGUCGGACGACAAGACGAUCAAGAUCUGGGAUGCGCACACCGGGGCCUGUCUGCAGACGCUAGAGGGCCACGGUCUGCCAGUCGACUCAGUGGUGUUCUCCCCCGACAGCAGCCGCGUCGCGUCCGGGUCGGGGGACAAGACGAUCAAGAUCUGGGAUGCGCACACCGGCGCUUGUCUGCAGACGCUGGAGGGCCAUGGCGACUGGGUCAGAUCAGUGGUGUUCUCCCAUGACAGUAGCCGCGUCGCGUCCGGGUCUAAUGACAAGACAAUCAAGAUCUGGGAUGCGCACACCGGCGCUUGCCUGAAGACGCUGGAGGGCCAUGACCUCUAUGUUAAUUCAGUAGUGUUCUCGCACGACAGCAGCCGCGUCGCGUCCGGGUCUUUGGACAAGACGAUCAAGAUCUGGGAUGCGCACACCGGCGCUUGCCUGAAGACGCUGGAGGGCCAUGGUCUGCCAGUCAACUCAGUGAUCUGGGAUGCGCACACCGGCGCUUGUCUGCAGACCCUGGAGGGCCAUUAUGGAACAGUCAACUCAGUGGUGUUCUCCCACGACAGCAGCCGCGUCGCGUCCGGGUCUAAUGACAAGACAAUCAAGAUCUGGGAUGCGCACAGCGGUGCCUGUCUGCAGACGCUGGAGGGCCAUGGUCUGCCAGUCAACUCAGUGGUGUUCUCCCCCAACAGCAGCCGCGUCGCGUCCGGGUCGGGGGACAAGACGAUCAAGAUCUGGGAUGCGCACACCGGCGCCUGUCUGCAGACGCUGGAGGGCCAUGGCGACUGGAUCAGAUCAGUGGUGUUCUCCCAUGACAGUAGCCGCGUCGCGUCCGGGUCUUGGGACGAGACGAUCAAGAUCUGGGAUGCGCACACCGGUGCCUGUCUGCAGACGCUGGAGGGCCAUGAUAGGGAUGUCAGAUUAGUGGUGUUCUCGCACGACAGCAGCUGCGUCGCGUCCGGCUCUUGGGACAGGACGAUCAAGAUCUGGGAUGCGCACACCGGCGCUUGUCUGCAGACGCUGCAGGGCCAUGAUCGGGAUGUCAACUCAGUGGUGUUCUCGCACGACAGCAGCCGCGUCGCGUCCGGGUCUAAUGACAAGACAAUCAAGAUCUGGGAUGCGCACACCGGCGCCUGUCUGCAGACCCUGGAGGGCCAUGAUGGCUAUGUCACCUCCGUGGUGUUCUCCUCCGACAGCAGCCACGUCGCGUCCGGGUCUUUGGACAAGACAAUCAAGAUCUGGGAUGCGCACACCGGCGCUUGUCUGCAGACGCUGCAGGGCCAUGAUAGGGAUGUCAACUCAGCGGUGUUCUCGCACGACAGUAGCCGCGUCGCGUCCGGGUCUAGGGACAAGACGAUCAAGAUCUGGGAUGCACACACAGGCACCUGCUUGCAAACCCUCAACGUUGGCUCUGGCGUUAAUAUUCUUUCCUUUGGCACCACCAAUUCGUCUCUUCACACCGACCUUGGAAUUGUCGCCCUUCGCGACUCACUCACCCCAACCACUUCGACUCCGACUGAAGUUGCCGCUCUAGAACUCCAAUCACCUAGCAAAAGCCAACCGCUGCAAAAACCCGCUUAUCAAGGUUACGGUAUCAGUUCCGAUGGGUUCUGGAUCACACGGCGUUCACAGAAAUGGCUCUGGCUGCCUCCCACAUAUCGCCCAGCCUGUUCUGCUGUAGGACGGUCUGGGUUAACCGUGGUGCUUGGCUGCCAGUCUGGGCGUGUCCUGAUCUUCAGAUUCGCGCCUAAAGGUUCCAACUAA